CGUACCGGCCCCCUUUGCUACCCUUUCCUGGCGCGGGUUCCCUGGGUUGCGGUCAUCAUUCCCUGCAGAGAGCACGUCGGUGGUCUCCCGCCCGUAGUUUCAUCUCCUAUACAGGUGCCCGCCCUGUUUUCCCGUUGGGUUCAUCUGUUCUGUUCCGGACCACGUUUUCCCCAUGGCGGGAGCCGCUCCGGCCACGGCCUUCGGGCAGGCAGUGAUCGGCCCGCCGGGCUCAGGAAAGACCACGUACUGCCUGGGCAUGAGUGAGUUCCUGCGCGCGCUGGGCCGGCGCGUGGCGGUGGUGAACUUGGACCCGGCCAACGAAGGGCUGCCAUACGAGUGCGCUGUGGACGUGGGCGAGCUAGUGGGACUGGGUGAUGUGAUGGAUGCGCUGAGGCUGGGACCCAACGGCGGCCUGCUUUACUGCAUGGAGUACCUGGAAGCCAACCUGGACUGGCUGCGGGCCAAGCUGGACCCACUCCGCGGCCACUACUUCCUCUUCGACUGUCCAGGCCAGGUGGAGCUGUGCACGCACCACGGCGCCCUUCGCAGCAUAUUCUCGCAGAUGGCUCAGUGGGAUCUCAGGCUGACUGCUGUCCAUCUUGUGGAUUCUCAUUACUGCACAGACCCAGCCAAGUUCAUCUCAGUAUUAUGUACCUCUCUGGCCACCAUGUUGCAUGUGGAGCUGCCACACGUCAACCUCCUCUCCAAGAUGGACCUCAUUGAGCAUUAUGGGAAACUGGCCUUCAACCUGGACUACUAUACAGAGGUCCUUGACCUCUCCUAUCUGCUUGACCACCUGGCUUCUGACCCUUUCUUCCGCCACUAUCGCCAGCUCAACGAGAAACUGGUGCAGCUCAUUGAAGACUACAGCCUGGUCUCCUUUAUCCCUCUGAACAUACAGGACAAGGACAGCAUCCAGCGAGUCCUACAGGCUGUGGAUAAGGCCAACGGCUACUGUUUUGGGGUACAAGAGCAGCGAAGCUUGGAGGCCAUGAUGUCUGCCGCAGUGGGAGCUGACUUCCAUUUCUCCUCCACACUGGGCCUCCAAGAGAAGUACCUGGCACCCUCGGACCAGUCAGUGGAACAAGAAGCCAUGCAGCUAUAGCAACAAGCUGGGCCCUGAUGCACAACCCAGCACCCGGGAAAGUGAAGGCUCCUUGUAAGCAGCAGACAGCUCACAGACUGCAGACCCAAGAGCAGGUCCUCCAGCUGGCAAGGGGACACUCAGUUCUGCAAAG